GGAGAUGUCUGUCGUAUCGCUGAAUUGUUGCCCAAAUUAAGUGCGAAUAAUUGUGAUGCGGUACUGAAUGGAGCAACACUGGACAAGAAAUGUGCUUUGUAUAUAGCGUGUUUGAACGGUCAAAUAGACGUGGUAGAAGCGUUGCUGAAUGUGCGUGGUCAUAUGCUGAUUCAACCGAAUACACACGAUACGGUCUUGCAUGCAGCCAUUUCAUCACAACAGCCUGAGAUUGUGCUGUUGAUUCUGAGAGUGAGUUUAUUAAUGUUAUUGUGA